GAGAGAGAGAGAGAGAGAGACACAUACACACACACAAACAGAGAGCGAGGCAGUGCAGACGAAAUACAUUAGUUAAGAGAAGAUAGAAAGAUAGUGGAAAGGAGAAGGCAAUGUAUGGUUUGCUUAUAUAUGGACGGUCGGUGAAUAACAAAUGGUCGACAUGUUUCAUCAACGAUGCGGUCACCGUGUAACUUUGACAAACAACAAUUGCACGGCCAUACGAGAUUUCUCAGAAUAUAACCAUGGAUUGGUGUUCAGCGCAGAACCACUUAAGGAUGACGAGUUGUUCGAGGUCCGCAUCGACAAAAAGAUGACAUCAUGGAGUGGCAGUAUAGAAAUUGGCGUAACAGAAUGUGAUCCACAAAUAAUAGAAUUACCAGCUUGUGCCACUAAUCUUCGCCAAGGAACAUGGAUUAUGUUUGAUUCUGGUAUAAUGCAUGAUGGAAUAAGAACAGUAGAAAUGUAUGGAAUGGAUUUAAAUGAAUUACAAGAAGGAAGUACUUUAGGAGUAAUGAGAACAUCUAAUCAUGAAUUAAUAUUUUAUAUCAAUGGUGUCUCUCAAGGAGUAGCUGUUUCCAAUAUUCCAGAACGCAUCUUUGCAGUUGUAGACAUGUAUGGUGAUUGUGUACAAGUGACUAUAACUCACCCACAAAUUGCCUCUGCCCUGUGCAACGAGCCAAAAGACGAAAUUGAAAUUAAUAAUGAUUUUGCUUUUGAAGAAGCAUCUAAUUCUUCUACAACUAAUCUAGUCGCUAAUUUAAAUGUUAAUUUAAAUGUUAAUGUUAAUGUUAAUUUACCUAAGAAUCCGAGUCCUGCUGCAAUUAGAGAGGAUAGAUUGAGGUUUCAUGAGAGAGUUGGUUCGCUUGUAAAGUUGUCCAAUAAUGCCAGAACUGCAGAAAGGCGAAGACCCUUAGACGAAUUUAAUAAUGGUGUUGUAAUGACUCACAGGCCAUUAAGGGAUAAUGAAUUAUUCGAGGUACGAAUUGAUAGACUUGUACAUAAGUGGUCAGGUAGCAUAGAAGUUGGAGUUACGAUGCACAGUCCAACAGCAUUAGAAUUUCCAGCAACAAUGACUAAUAUGCGAUCGGGAACAACGAUGAUGUCUGGGUGUGGAAUUUUAGUAAACGGAAAGGGAACAUGUCGCGAAUAUGGAGAAUAUAAUUUGGAUGAAUUAAGGGAAGGUGAUAGAGUAGGCAUGAUUAGACGGAGCAAUGGAAAUCUUCAUUAUUUAAUAAAUGGAUUAGACCAAGGGAUUGCUGCCAAAGUACCUGUAGGUGUUUGGGGUGUCAUAGAUUUGUACGGUAUGACAGUAAAAGUAACAAUUGUCGAUCGUGAUGAAAGGGAGGAACAAAAUCUAGUUACUAGACGAAACACAUUACAAUUACAAGGUUUGAGUGCGUAAUGGACGAUUUUAACAACGGUGUUGUAUUAACUUCAAGACCAUUAAAACCAAAUGAAUUAUUUGAAGUGAGAUUGGAUAAAAUUGUAACAAAAUGGGCAGGAUCUAUCGAAAUAGGAGUUACCACUCAUUCCCCCACUGAAUUGGAAUUUCCUUUUACUAUGACAAACGUUAGUUUAUCGCCCGUAUUAUUGCUCGAAGGUGGUCAUGUCCCUUGCAGAUCCGGUACAUGGAUGAUGACAGAAAAUGGGGUCAUGCAUAAUGGCACUACGAUAAUAGAUCAAUAUGGGCAGAAUCUUGAUCGGUUACAAGUCGGAGAUCGUGUAGGCGUAAUGAGGAAAGAUAACGCAACAUUGCACUUUUACGUGAAUGGUGUUGAUCAAGGAGCUGCAGCAAUGAACGUGCCUGAGAAAAUCUAUGGUGUUAUAGACCUUUAUGGGCAGGCAGCACAGGCAACUAUAGUUGACAAUACAGAUUUCUACAGUCCUACUACAAACAAUUCAAGCUUUAGCAAUACAACUCUAUAUAGUGACUUGCGAUUUCAUCAUAUACAUAGUAAAAAUGCAAGGAUAGUAAAUAAUGGGUUGACUGCAUUGAGGCCUAGAGCUUUAGGAGAAUUCAAUGAAGCCAUCGUUAUUGCAAAUCGUGCGCUGCGUGAUGGCGAAAUGUUCGAGGUGACAAUUGAUAAAAUGGUUGAUAGAUGGACAGGAGCGAUUGAAGCAGGUGUAACUCUUAUAAGACCUGACGAAUUAGAAUUUCCAUCUACAAUGACGGAUAUCGAUCACGAUACUUGGAUGUUGUCUGGAUCUAAUGUUAUGCGAGAUGGUUUUAUCUUGAGAAAUAAUUAUGCCUGUGAUUUGGACAAAUUAGUAGAGGGAAAUCGCAUUGGCAUGAUGCGAUGUUCAGAUAACAGUUUACAUUAUUAUUUAGAUGGAAUAGAUCAGGGUCCUGCUUGUACGGGAGUACCACCGCAUGUCUAUCCUGUGAUUGAACUGUAUGGACAGUGUGUUCAGGUUACAAUUGUACAACCGGAACGUAGAGAUCCAACGACACAACAGUAUUUGCCAUCGGAAAACAGCACUAGUCAGCAGCCUACAUCUGUAAUUCAACUUCAAGCUCAGGCAGAAAUAAUGCAUAAAUUUCAUGAAUCUGUUGGCUUAAAUGUCCAAUUAAAUGCCGAUAGAACAGUAGCAACUAGAUGUAGAGAAUACAAUAAUGCUAUAUUAUUAAGCGAAGUACCGUUAGAGAAUAAUGAACUUUUCGAAAUUGCCAUACGAGAAGUUGCUCGUGAAUGGAGCGGCUGUUUAAGGUUAGGUAUUGUGAAAAAUGAAAGUGGAAACUGGUUAACAUCUAUGAAUCUUGUACCUGGCAUGGGGUCCAUUUCAACAGAUGCUUGGUACUUGACAGGUAAUGAAGUAAGACAUAAUGGAUAUGUUUUAUGUAUGAAUUACUGUCCAAGUUUGGAAUGGUUACGUGUUGGUGACAAAGUUGGAUUGAAACGUACGCACGAGGGUAAUUUAAAAUUUUAUAUAAAUGGAGAAGAUAUGGGCAUAGCAGCAUCAAAUAUACCGGAAAUGAUAUAUGCUGUAGUUGAUCUUUUCGGUAGUACAGUGACUGUAAAUAUAACAAGUAGUAAACAACAAAACAAUGCAGUAUCUCCAAAUGCUAGCUUGAGGUUGCAAGAUUCAUUGGAAUUAUUGCUAGAUCCUAUGCCACCAGUUUUACGAAAUGAUACUGGAAUGGACACGUCUGUAGAUGUAUCUGAAGGAAAAUUAAUAAACGACGCAGCACUCACACCGACACAAUCUGCAGCUCAUUUUAUAGGCGAAAGUGAUUGGAGUUAUGAGUUUCAUGAAAAUCAUGGUAGAAACAUACAACUGGAAACUAAAACUUCUGCACGAAGAGUUGCAAGUUAUAAUCAAGGAGUGGUAAUGUCUAGUCGUCCUUUAAUAAAAGGCAAGCCAUUUUUAGUAAAAAUAGAAAAAUUGAACAAACGAUGGGUUUCUAAUAUAUUUUGUGGUGUAACUUGCAUUUCACCUGAAAAAGCUAAUUUUCCUUUAACCGCUCUUGGUUUUAAAAAGUAUUCUUGGAUUAUUUGUAGCGAUUGGAUAUCACAUAAUGGCAUCAGGGUAAAAACAAAAUAUGGAGCUGCUCUGGAAAAUCUUCACUGUAAUUCAAUAGUAGGUUUAUUUAUUGAUGAUGACAACAGACUGCACUUGAUUAUCAAUGGUGUAGAUCAAGGCGUAGCUGCAACGGAUUUACCACCUUAUAUUUAUGCCGUAUUUGAUCUGUAUGGGCAAUGCGAACAAGUUUCCAUUAUUGCAAAUAAUGUAGAGGCAUUCUCAUCUACUAUUGAUAAUACUGUAACGUCCGUGGAAUGUAUAAGGACGAAAUUGGAAGAUGCGGAAAAUUCACGAGAGAAAGCAGACUUAGAGUGUCAUGAGAAAGAAAAUGUCAUCGCAGCUGCUUCUUCGGACUUAUCGUCUUCUACCUCACCAAGUGUUCCGAGUCAAUGCAGUUCAAACGCUAAGGAUGAUGAUAUUGUGGAAUACGCAACGUGUAACAACGAUAAUGUGCAUUUAACGAAUAAUAUUGAAAAUAAAGCAGUGCCCAGUAUCUCAGACAGUAAUAAUCUGGAUUCAAACUCGGAUAUGAAUCACGAUACAACACGAAGUAUUAAGAACAAGAUUUACGAUAAUUCGAAUCAAUUAAAUAAUAGCUCGAUAUUAAAUAGCCAGUCAGAAAAUUUGAGUACUAGAAACGAAUGUACAAAUGUAGAGAUAAAUAAUGCAACUAAUAUUAAUAUUAAAAAUGGCACCGCAAACAGCACCAAUAACAUAACCAACUUAAAUACUAAUGCUAAUAAUGCAAUAAACGAAAGCAUAGUAUCUAAUAGUCAAGGAAAUAAUAUAAGCUCCUCGCAUCAAAACAAUACAUCUGUUAAUAUAUUAAGUUCAUCUCAGACAUUCUCAUCUCAGACUACAUUGAGUAACGUAACAUCUGAUAUUUCGAACACUGUUUCUUCUAGUUUCAACGAAAUGCGUUCAAAUAUGUCCUGGAACAAUACAAUAUCCGUUGAUAAUUCUAUUGGUGGAAAUACAAUUUUAGGACAAAAUACAGUGUCUAUUCACAAUGCACCAUUAUUGCAUUCAUUGCUACCGUCCACACCUCUUGGAACAAACAUUAUACUCACAAAAAAAUGUGAAUAUUUAAAGGCGUGUAUGAGAUUGAAAAAAUCAUUGGUUUUACCAGAUGAAUUCUUUUCCUUAGAAGAUGUACUUUGUUAUUGUAAUAACUGUUAUAAAGUAGAAGGAGAUAGUGCAAUUUGCAAAAAGGGUGAACCACCAGCAGAAUUCGCUGUACCGAUUGGAUGGACCAGGUUUCCAUUGAAACAAAGUAUUAACGCCAAUCAAAUUCCACAGAGUACAACUGAUAAAUGGCAUGUUGCUUUCUAUGGUAUACGUCUAGAUGCGAUCAGACUGAUUCUCGAUACAGGAGAACUUAUGACAAAAGAACAAUUGGACGUGAGUAAUUUAACAAUGAAUAUAAAAACCGAAGAUCAAAAUCCUCAGGUAGUCUUCUCUCCUAGUAUAAAAUAUGCAGCAUCCGAGGAAUUUACCAAGAAGUAUCCAUAUAUUGAUACUCAAUCAAAUAAAAAGUUGAAUGCUUCAACGGCAUUUCAACUAUUAGUGAGACCUGGCUCAUAUACAAUUAAUUCUGGUGGUAAAGAUGGUGAUGACCCGCAGUUCGAAUCUGUUAAAUGGGCUACCAAAGAAGCUGGAGCUACAGUUAUUAUGGCUCUUUUAAUUCACCUCGAUGGAUUUUAAUUUAUAUAACAUGAAAGUUAUAGAAAUGAUUCGGCAAUGCACGAGAAAUGCACUUUCGUUUAAGGUUGAUGAAUGUACAUAAAGAUUGUAUAACGUAAUAUAAUUACCGUAAGAUAAUUUUUUAAAAUCAAUUUUUUAUCUUGAAUUAUUCCGUCGAAUCUCCGCUGUGUAUAUUUAUGUUUAAUUGUAUAUUAAGUAUUCGACGAUAGAGAUCGUUUCUCGUUAAGAGAUUUUCGUUACCUUGCUCUUAAUUAAAUAUGCAGUAUUAAAGAAAGAUUAAUAAUAGAUGUAAUUUAUCGUCAAUGGAUCGAACAAAUUUGUAAUAAUCAGUUCAUUAAAGUAUACAGUAGCGUGUAUAUCGAAUGGAUAAUAUGCAUUAUGUUACACGUUUAAUAUAAUUACUGGUCACAGCGGUAAGGAUUAUGUCGAGUGAAUUCCAAAGGUUCGUUGCUACAUUAAAAAAAGAGCACCUUAACCCUCAAGCUUAACGCCUAAUGAAUAUCAAAUCUUUUAAGUAUUAAUAACACAGGUAAAAAAUUUUCUUUCUCUCUCUCUAUCCUCUUGUCUUUCUCUCUCUUUUUUAAAAGCACGAUUUCACAGCAUCCAUAAGAAGAUCUGUAUAAUGUAGAAAUAAAAUAAUACUACUGUAAAUCAUACUACGAGGUUAAUGUAGAGAAUUCAAUAAUUAAAUAGCCAAAAAAUUGAAAAUAUUCUCGGAAAAUAUAAUAAUUAUAUUUUCAAAUACGCCACUUAGAGUUGUAAUUUUUCUUUGUGAAUAUCAUAUGCACUAUGAAAACGCAUACAAAUAAUAUAAAUCGAAAGAAAAUGACGAAUGUGUCUAUCUUUGACAAGCAAUUCAUUCAGUUUGUUGUUAUUAUUCAUUUUGCUUUUUAUUUUAUUCCUUUGUUUUAAUAUUAACUACCUUUUAAUUAGAAGAACAAAAUUGUUACGAAUUUUAUAAUCUUCAAUAAUUUCUUAUGUACACUACAGUUAUUUAUACUAUAAAAUAAUAUACAUUUUAUCAUAUAUCAUUUAAAUAAGCAUUUAAUUU